AGCAUCCACAAUGCCCCGACGCCCCUCAACAAUAACCACCUCCCGCCCCACCGCGCGAGCAAUCAUCUACACGGACAUCGACACCUACAUCACCGAACUAGAAGCCCAAAACGCGCGCCAACGCCUCGAGCUCGAAUCCCUCAAGUCCCGACACUCCCUGACCUGGGGUUCCCGACUCAACACAUUCUUGCCUUCAUGGAAACGACUCCUGCCCUUCCUCCUCGCAUCACUCAUUUACUUCUUCCUCCUGGACCUAUCAGGGACAGUGGUCGGGGUAAAAAGCGGCGUAAUCGUUUCCACGGCUGGGGCCGUCCUCAAAGGCAACGUCAAACUCGCUGAAUAUAGCAAAACGACGGGGACGCACGACUUCUGGCUCGGGGUAGAUGGGACGAAUUCGAGAUUUCACAAAGGCCUGACGAACUUUAUACACCGUGACGGGAAGGGGCGUUACCCAUUCACGCGAUAUCCAUUUGGCAAUCUCACGUUAGCGAAUCUGGGCUUCAUAUUCGCGGAUCCGUGGAGCGUACUUAACAUCUCGCCAGAUCACGUCUUGCAUCCUCUCUACCGGGGCAACGUGUCCGACACAGAGUGGGAAGACGGGAUCCAGGACGCUGAAGACCGCGCCGUGGAGCUGGCGAGGCCGUGGAAGGAUAGCGAGGCGUGCGAUGAGAGUGACGGGUGGUAUGUUUUCGAGGCUUGUGCGCUGGGGGGGAAGAAGUUCCAGAGUGCGGUCGAGUGUUUGAGGGAGGAGAAGUGUCGGGUUCGGUAUUCGAGGUGGUUUAAGGAGGGGGGUUUGGGGGCGAGGUAUGCGGGAGAAGGGAAAUUGACGCUAUUGGACAGAGGGGCGAGGCUGGUUGAGGAGGUUGUCAAGCCGCUGAAGGUGAGGGGGUCGGUUGAGCAAGCGUCAGGUGUGGAUGUUGAGUCAAGAUGA